AUGAUCCCAGAGUUUCUCUACUGCUCUCUGAUAUCGGAUGUGACAGAUCUACCCCUGUCGCUCUUUCCCGACCCUCGCUACCUUCCGACAGUACAACUACUUCCCCGCACCGCUGCGUUCGUUCAGUCGGUAACCUCCCUAGAUCCGAACGGCACCGGAUCUCGUUGGAGCUUAUGGUGCUCUCAUGACUUCCCCUCGCUGAUCGAUGGCGGUCUCCCAAGCCACCACCAUCUCCGAGCCUCCGCGAAGCACCGCUCGUCGUCGGUAAAGAUUGGACUAGUCCUCACCGGGGACGACAUCCGAUUGUUGCGACUCUCUCCCCACUGGAUCUCCCUCCAAACCCGAAACCGUGAUGAAAUUUAUUACUGUUGCCUACCAAUUUCAACCGUCACCGUCGCCGGCGAUGUCACUCAGCCCAGCCGCCGCCAAUUACCACAACUCCUCUCAACCGUUCUUCGUGAUGGGCUGAGGGCCCACUUUGAGCAGCCUACUCAUUAA